AAAGUGUAUGGUUCCAGCCCGAACACGGAUUUUGACUCCAGCUGCGAGUACUUUGCACGGACUGCUUUCACGUCACCCCGCCCGUCUGCCCGUCUCCUCCCUGCAAUCUUAUUGCGACCAUCUCUUUUGAGCGCAUCUGAACUGGAGAGAGAGAGAUACUAAAUAGAUUCAGGCACCAACAUUUACCUACCUGCUCGAGCGAAAUACGGGGAGGACGCUCAAGUACGCGCGCGUCCACGCGCACUCGCUGAGCAGCAAGACAAUAUAAGGCAAUAAAUAAAAACCAAAAUUGGAAUUUGAGUUUUCAACACGAAGGCUAUUCCUUAAAAAUAAAAAUAUAAGAAUACAGCUUUACUGAAAAAAGCAACAGCCAUGCAUCUGAACAGAGAAGAAGGGAACAGCAAAGGGUCUCUAUCUAUCAGUGUGUUCCUGGUAUCUCUGGGGCUGGCGGUGUGUGCCGUGUGGCUCGUAGCUCUGUGUGGAGUCUGCACCUGGUGUCAACGCAAACUGGGGAAGAGGAACAAGCCUGGGGUGGAGGCAGCCAGCACCCCAGAUUCAGUUCAGAUUCGUGGCCGAGGGGAAAACAAAGCCAUCAAUGAUCUAGACAGGGACUUUUGGAAUAACAAUGACAGCAGCAACGUGCAGCAGAGAUGGAGCUCCUAUCCGCCCAAGGAAUUCCUCUUAAACAUGUCCCCCUAUGCCCCGUAUGGAGACCCUCGCCUCACGCCCAAUGGGGUGGAGAAGGGGGAUGGAGGCGGGGCUGGGUGUGGGAGCGGGGCAGGUCCCAGUCGCAGUGACAGCGUGAGAAGCAUAGUGACGGGGCUGGGCCCUGGCAGCAAGGCUGGGCGCUGGCAGACGGUCCAGAGCCACAUGCACGCAGGAGGCCUGAGGCCCAGAAAUUUUGGGGACCCUUCCCUCUCGGCCGCCUCUACUCUGGAGCACAUUCCAUCCUCAGCAGCAGCCCGUCCUCGUCCCCUGGUGCGACAGCAGAGUCUCCAGCAGCCUCUCACCCACCAGCCCCCUCCGGGCCCCAAUGACCCCCCAGCCACCUCCCAGAGCCUGGGCCAGCUGCACACAGGGCUCGGGGGCGGGGGGCACCGGGGAGGCCCGCGGGGGGUGCGGGGGAGUCCGGCGGGGACAGGUGCUUCCCGGUACAGAGGAGCAGGAGGAGGACGCUCCAGGUCCAACCCAGGCAGCUGGGACCACAUGAUGGGACAGAUCCGCAACAGAGGACUGGAUGUCAAGUCUUUCCUUGAGGGGAAGAUGGUUGUUCUGUCUCUAGCGAUCGGGCUGGCUGAACAAGAUGACUUCGCCAACCUCCCAGAUCUACAGGAAGCACCAGCGUGCCAAGAAAACUCAACUCCACCGGACAAAUCAAGCAGGAGCCUGUGUAAACCUGGAACCCAGACUCCAGAUGAGGCAGGCCGCCUCGGGAACUCCUCCGUCACAGACCUGGCCAACUCUGUCACCACCAGCGACAUUCACAUGCUCUCUCCAGGCUCAGAAGAGGACACAGAAGGGCCUGUGGUUGAGAAGCUGGGCCGGAUUCAGUUCAGUGUGGGCUACAGCUUCCAGGACUCCACCCUGACCGUCAAGAUCCUCACGGGCCAGGAGCUCCCCGCCAAGGACUUCUCUGGCACCUCAGACCCCUUCGUCAAACUCUACCUGCUGCCUGACAAGAAGCACAAGCUGGAGACCAAGGUCAAGAGGAAGAACCUCAACCCUCGCUGGAACGAGACCUUCCUGUUUGAAGGGUUCCCCUAUGAGAAGGUGAUCCAGAGGACCCUCUAUAUGCAGGUGCUGGAUUACGAUCGUUUCAGCAGGAACGACCCCAUCGGGGAGGUGUCCAUUCCCCUUAACAAGGUGGACCUGGGCAACCAGCAGACCUACUGGAAGGAGCUGAAGCCCUGCAGCGACGGAAGCGGGAGUCGAGGAGACCUGCUGGUGUCACUAUGCUACAACCCUCAAGCCAACACCAUCACUGUGACCAUCAUCAAAGCCCGCAACCUCAAAGCCAUGGACAUUGGAGGCACCUCCGAUCCCUAUGUGAAGCUGUGGCUGAUGCACAAGGACAAGCGUGUGGAGAAGAAGAAGACGGUGACAAUGAAGUGCUGUCUGAACCCCGUGUUCAACGAGUCCUUCCCCUUCGACGUCCCCGCCCACGUGCUCCGAGAGACCACCAUCAUCAUCACCGUCAUGGACAAGGACAAGCUCAGUCGCAACGACGUCAUCGGCAAGAUCUAUCUCUCGUGGAAGAGUGGUCCGGCGGAGGUGAAGCACUGGAAGGACAUGAUGGGUAAACCUCGUAAUGCCGUGCAGCAGUGGCAUGCCCUCAAGGCCUGAUACUGUAGGUCCUUCACAUCCACCCAGACCAUCCCAGCCCCCUGCCCUGCCCUGCCCUCCCACCCUAUCGUUAUGCACAAGGCUGACUCGCUGCAGAACAUGGGUACAAAUAGCCAUCCAACGCAUCCACCCUACGCAUCCACCCUCUCCUCCUGCCUGUCCUCUCUCAGAUCCCUAAUGAACUUCUCCUUCCUCUACUCCCCUCUGUUAAGCCGGGUCCUUUCUGAGUCUUGUUGCUUUUAAGUUUUCUCUCAACCGUUGUUUUUUCUCCUUGGUCCACCUUUACUCUGUUUUACUCUGGAGCAGCACACUCUGCCAGCCCUAGGGUGAGCCCCAGGAAUCCAGUUCCUCCAUUCAUCCUGUGUCUCUCCAUCGUGGCAGUGAGGGGAGGCUUCUUCUCUCCCUAAUCACUGCUCUCUCUGUUGUCAGAAGCGAUCUGGUUGGCUGUUCAUUAUUGUUUUUUGCUUCCCACGUUGACCCUUUGGUCCGUUCUCUUCUGCAAACACACAGAGAAUAUAACAGGAAGGAUCGAUAGAGAGAGAGAGAGAGGCAAACCAAUGGAAUAGAAGAGGGAUGGACUGUCUGGAUGAUAAUGGAAUUAGACGUGACACUGUCACUCCACCCCGUUCAUCAUCUCUGAUCUCUUUCUCUCCCACCGCUGUAGUGAUUCUUCCCUGGCUGGACCCCCUUGUUGUCUGUGCGUGCUGUGGGUGAUGUGCUGUAACUCCAAAUGAAGUUCUAGAUGAAAAAAGGAGAAAAUGACUGAUCAUUUACACUGGUCCAUGGGGGAAAUGUAAAAAGACGUUCCUAUUUUCUGGAGAGAAAAAAAAGAAUAAUGACAGAAAAAGAGUAAAGUGAUCAAUGUUGUGUUUUGUUUUUAAAAAGCCUAAAGAGACCAAUCAAAAUGUUCUUCCAGAGACAGUAAAUAGAAGCAAAAAGACCGCUAUUAUUCUGUCGAAUUCUCUCUGUGUGUGUGUGUGUGUGCGUGUGCGCGUGCGUGUGCGUCAGUGAAAGUUAGAGCGUGAAUGCGAGUGCAAGUGUGUGAAAGUAUUGGGCUUGCACUGCUAUCAAAUGAAUAACAACAAUAUUACUGAUAAUAAUGAUGACAAUAAUAAUCAUCAGUAUUCUACUGGAUAUGUUUGAAGACUUGGAGAGGUCACAGCAGCUAAGCAGUGACAGAGGGAGAGGGGUACAGUCUGUGGGGUAGUGCCUGGUGUGGAACGGUAAGCAGAGGAGGAACUUGACAUGAACCACCAGUCUUCAUCUGAGCUGCUUUCUCUCAAUUGCAUCAUCCACUGCAGAUAACCAUAAAUAAAUGCCCCUCUCCCAACCAAGUCAGUUUAGUUUAUAAUGGAGCACUAAGCCAAAUGAUCUUGUCCCCAUCAAGGUUUAUAACGUUACCUGUUUGUCUCUGUCAGUAAUUUUCUGUAAUUCUGCCUGUCUAUUGGAAUGUGUGUCUGUUACGUCAGUUAGUCUGUUCCAUUACUGGCCAAACCACCUCUGCUCUGUCCUGCUCCUGAUGUUAGAUAGUUAGGGUGUUAGUGGGUCUUCAGGACCACGGCUGUUCCAUUACUGGCCAAACCCCCUCUGCUCUGUCCUGCUCCUGAUGUUAGAUAGUUAGGGUGUUCGUGGGUCUUCAGGACCAGGGAUAUUCCAUUACAGACCAAACCCCCUCUGCUCUGUCCUAUUCCUGAUGUUAGGGUGUUCGUGGGUCUUCAGGACCAGCCUGUUCCAUUACUGGCCAGACCCCCUCUGCUCUGUUCUGCUCCUGAUGUUAGAUAGUUAGGGUGUUAGUGGGUCUUCAGGACCAGGCUGUUCCAUUACUGGCCAGACCCCCUCUGCUCUGUUCUGCUCCUGAUGUCAUCCUGGUGUGACCUGUUCCAAGCUUAAGUCUCUCUCUCAUCACACAAUGGGCUGAAGGAUAGCUACAAGAGUAAUAAUAUCAACUAAACCUAUUUUCUGUUUACAUUUGACUGUUUAUUUGUGUCUACUGAAUGUGUGUGUGUGUGUGUGUGUGUGUUUGCAACGUGUGUAUGAGUGUGUCAACAUCUGACUGUUAGUUUGUGUGUUUGUAUUUACGGUGUAUGUAUGUGUGCUCGGUGUUGCCAUUUUUAUUUUCUUAAUAUCGAAUCUGUUUUGUUGGCUGUUUUUAUUCUGUAUAAAGUCAUUUAGAUGUUCAGUUAAUUAUUUAUGUUGUCGCUGAUCGCUAAGAAGAAGACGCUAAUGAUUACUGGGAUGUUGGAACGUGACAAAGGGCAUGUGUCUACUUUCUAUUUGUUGGGGUUUUAUGGGUUGGUUGGGGAGGGGGCCAUAGACAUUCGAGAGUCUUGAGUGAAGAGAGAAGGAAAGACAAGGGAGCGGGGAGCUCAUUACAUCUGACAAUACCACAUACAGUAUAUUUUAUUCUAGCCCUCUUCUGUUGGGCAGAGGGACUGUUCAAUCAGGCCUGUGUGCAUCAGGGGCCUUGUGUUCUGGUUUAUCAUUUAAUAGGUGGCUUACAGAACCACAACACGCUGUCCCUCCGCUCUAGGUCUGGCCCAACAAUCUGUCCCUCCCCUCUAGGUCUGGCCCAACACGCUGUCCCUCCGCUCUAGGUCUGGCCCAACAGUCUGUCCCACCGCUCUAGGUCUGGCCCAACAUUCUAUCCCUCCGCUCUAGGUCUGGCCCAACACGCUGUCCAUCCGCUCUAGGUCUGGCCCAACACGCUGUCCCUCCGCUCAAGUUCUGGCCCAGCACGCUGUCCCUCCGCUCUAGGUCUGGCCCAACAUGCUGUCCCUCUGCUCUAGGUCUGGCCCAACACGCUGUCCCUCUGCUCUAGGACUGGCCCAACACACUGUCCCUCCGCUCUAGGUCUGGCCCAACAUGCUGUCCCUCUGCUCUAGGUCUGGCCCAACACGCUGUCCCUCUGCUCUAGGUCUGGCCCAACACACUGUCCCUCCACUCUACGACUGGCCCAACACGCUGUCCCUCCGCUCUACGUCUGGCCCAACACGCUGUCCCUCCGCUCUACGUCUGGCCCAACACGCUGUCCCUCCGCUCUAGGUCUGGCACAAUAAUCUGUCCCUCCGCUCUAGGUCUGGCCCAACACGCUGUCCCUCCGCUCUAGGACUGGCCCAACAUACUGUCCCUCCGCUCUAGGUCUGGCCCAACACGCUGUCCCUCCGCUCAAGUUCUGGCCCAACACGCUGUCCCUCCGCUCUAGGACUGGCCCAACAUACUGUCCCUCCGCUCUAGGUCUGGCCCAACACGCUGUCCCUCCGCUCUAGGUCUGGCCCAACACGCUGUCCCUACGCUCUAGGUCUGGCCCAACACGCUGUCCCUACGCUCUAGGACUGGCCCAACACGCUGUCCCUCCGCUCUAGGUCUGGCCCAACACGCUGUCCCUCCGCUCUAGGUCUGGCCCAACACGCUGUCCCUCCGCUCUAGGACUGGCCCAACACGCUGUCCCUCCGCUCUAGGACUGGCCCAACACACUGUCCCUCCGCUCUAGGUCUGGCCCAACACACUGUCCCUCCCCUCUAGGUCUGGCCCAGCACGCUGUCCCUCCGCUCUAGGACUGGCCCAACACGCUGUUCCUCCACUCUAGGACUGGCCCAACACGCUGUCCCUCCGCUCUAGGUCUGGCCCAGCACGCUGUCCCUCCGCUCUAGGACUGGCCCAACACGCUGUCCCUCCGCUCUAGGUCUGGCCCAACACGUCCCUCCGCUCUAGGUCUGGCCCAACACACUGUCCCUCCGCUCUAGGUCUGGCCCAACACGCUGUCCCUCCGCUCUAGGUCUGGCCCAGCAUGCUGUCCCUCCGCUCUAGGUCUGGCUCAACACGCUGUCCCUCCGCUCUAGGUCUGGCCCAACACGCUGUCCCUCCGCUCUAGGACUGGCCCAACACGCUGUCCCUCCGCUCUAGGACUGGCCCAACACACUGUCCCUCCGCUCUAGGUCUGGCCCAACACACUGUCCCUCCCCUCUAGGUCUGGCCCAGCACGCUGUCCCUCCGCUCUAGGACUGGCCCAACACGCUGUUCCUCCACUCUAGGACUGGCCCAACACGCUGUCCCUCCGCUCUAGGUCUGGCCCAGCACGCUGUCCCUCCGCUCUAGGACUGGCCCAACACGCUGUCCCUCCGCUCUAGGUCUGGCCCAACACGUCCCUCCGCUCUAG